ACAGCAAAAGUUUAUCAUCCAACACAUCUUGGCUCAGCUACUCUUUCGUCUUCGCUUUCACCAACUGAAGCCAUGGAAAUCUUUGCUGACCUACAGAGAGCUAUGAAAAGCUUUGUUCUGGAGAAUGAUCUGCAUAUUGUCUAUUUGAUCACCCCGGUGUAUGAGGAAUGGACCACAAUUGAUUGGUACCAGUUUUUCUGCUUAUGGGAGAAGCUGCCUGCCUCGAUGAAACGUGUGGCUGAGCUGGUGGGGAUUGAAGAAGGAUUUCUGGCUCGCUCUGUAAAGGGCGAAAUCAUAGCUAAAACAGAGAAACAGCAUAGGCAAAUGGCCAUCCACAAAAGGUUUUUCACCAGUCUUGCCCUUCUGGAUUUAAUCAGUGAGGUUCCCUUAAAGGAUAUGACCAAGAAAUAUGGCUGCAGUCGUGGCCAGCUUCAAUCCUUGCAGCAAUCUGCUGCCACUUAUGCAGGAAUGGUAACGGUUUUCUGUAAUCGACUGGGUUGGCACAACAUGGAGCUGUUGCUCUCUCAGUUCCAGAGCCGCCUCACUUUUGGGGUUCAUAGGGAGCUCUGUGACCUGGUACGAGUGUCUCUGCUGAACGCACAGCGUGCUAGGAUGCUUUACAAGGCUGGCUUUGUCACAGUGGCUGAUCUUGCUAAAGCCAGUCCUGAUGAUUUGGCAACUGCUCUGAAGAAUUCAGUACCAUUCAAAAGUGUUCGUAGGGCUGUGGAUGAAGAUGAAGAAUCAGCAGAGGAACGUCGGACUGUGCACAGCAUCUGGAUGGCUGGAAUGAAAGGCUUAACUGAAAGAGAAGCAGCUUCCCUCAUUGUGGAGGAAGCCAGGGGACUUCUCCAGCAGGAUUUGGCACUGAUGGGAGUGCAGUGGAAACCAGAGUCUUUUCUCGAGACUGAUACAUCGUCCCUGAUCAGCAGUGAGUCAGAGCUGGAAGACAGACUGCAUAGAUCAAAUGGAGAGCAGUGUUCUGAGUCUUCGAGGAUAUUGAACAAAAAAGGCUGCAGAGUUCAACGGUGUAAUGGCUUUGCUUCUCAGGCUGGAAAUUUAUCAAAUAUGAAAAAGGGAUAUAAAAGGCAUCUGAGCAGUAGUACAGAAAACUCCAGAUUUGAGAGUGAAGUCCCAGGCAGCAGAUGGGCUCGAGCAGAGGAAGGCAAUGACAAUAGUGUGCACAGUGCUAGAAAACGGCCAAAUACGUGCAGAGAUAAUGAAAAUGUAGAAGGACUUUCUCUGGUCAAAACCAAGCUGGAUUCCAGGAGAGCAAUUCCAGAGCUCCCUACUGAACAAGGAAAAACACCAACACUGAGAACAAAGUCUUCAGCCUUUAGAUUGACAAAGAGCAUGGACGUGCAUUUAAACCGUACAAGGAACAGACAUACUGCUUCAAAACUGCAGAGGUCUCUGCUUGAGAACAUGCUUAUGCUUAGCACAGACAAGCAAAAGCCACCUGCUUUCUGCCCCACCAUCUCUACAGAAAAUAUUUCUUCAGACAGAAAGAGUAAGGAAUUCACAGAAAUGAGAUCUGUAACUCACAAAGUCUCAAAAUCUGUACAGAUGGGGGAAAUUAAUCUUGGAAGGAAAGAUGUAAUGGAAGGAUUACUUACAGAGCCUACCAGCACUAAUGAAGGAAUGCCUAAGGGGAGAGCAUAUUUUCAGGCACCUGUUACUUUGCAGAGUGCUCCACACAACGAUAUGGAAGCACAUAAUAUUGUAGGAAGUCUAGUAAUGCCUGCCUAUGUGAGCUGUGCUGAGGCAGCGAUUGAUAAACAGCAGGUGGCUUUAGAUGCAGAUCAUGGCAAUGUAACUGCUAGCUGCUCUGGAAGUGGACAUGUCCAUUGUGGCAGCAGGAUACAGAAGCCUGUGUGUUUUUGUCCUGGUGAGGAUAAAUCCUGCCAUGUUCAGAUUCAGAAUGGUGGCAAAAACGGGAGCGAAAAGCCCAAUGGAGUACUGUUACAAGCUGGAGCACUGCAGAAAGCCAACAGUCAUCCUAAGGAUUUUCUGAAAGACUCUCUAGUAAAGUCCAGAAGAGUUUGCAAUGCAGAUGACAUUCAGAAUGGUCCAUCUUCUGAUCUGCACUCUGACUCUGAAGACAGCUUCCAGCUGGAUACUCAAACUGACAUGAUAAUAAAACAGGAGGGAGCAGCUGGAAUCGCAGGACAGCAGGGGAUACAAAGUUCAGAGCUGGCAGCAAUACCACAGCAACAAAUCUCCGAGAAACUAUGCCCUUCAUGGACUAAGAAUGCAACUGAUGAAAGGCUGGCUGAAACAGUUCAGAAAUCUGGCUUAUCGAGCCUUAUCACAACAAAUAACAUUACAAAAACAACAGCUCAGCACUAUAAUAACGAACUUUUGGAGUCUGGAGGCCUUAAUUUACAGCCUGUAGUGAAGAAAAUAGAAUCUGCACCUUGCCUUAAAGAAAGUGAUUUCUCCUUGACUGACUCCCAGCUACACAGUUUUCUACAAGAUUACCAGACCCAAAAUUCAGUGAAAGGGAAGAGUGUGUCUAAAGAUCUUAAUAAAGCAACCUCCUCUUUUGGUAGUGAGCACAUUGUACAAGUAGAAUGCAACCCUGUGCCUGAAACAAGCCUGAAUGUAAGUGAUAGCUUGCUGUUUGAUGAUAGCUUCGGUAAUGUCAGUGACCUUUCAGCUGUUCAGAUCACAGAAGCUGACAGAAAGGAUCCUGUGGAGAAGCAAGAGGUUUUUCUUCCUCCAGAUGUUCUUUUGCAGAACUUAAGGCCUAUUCAGAAUAAAUUUGAUGUUGGUGGCAAUCAGAAAGAGCGUGAGGAUCCUGUGCAGUGUAACAAUGUGUCUCCAGCGUUCUCUGACAUAAUGGCUGAAGUUUUAGAUCAUGCAAAUUCCCCGUCUUUUCUGAAAGAUCCUCCUCCUAUCUUUCAUGGUCAGUCAGGAUUAAUAAACUCAGUGAUUUCUAACAGUGACCCCACACCAAAGGAUUUAGUUGGAGAUCAAGGUGAAAAGCUCCAGAGAAGCCAGCAAGCUUUAGACAAGAAAACCCAUCCAGUGGUGUGGACUGACCACUCCUUUGAACUAAGCCCAGGGUUACAGGACGUGUUGGACAAAUGGCCAAGUCCCUCAGGCAUUGAACCAGUUUCAGUAAGCUCCUGUUUGAAAGGAAAGUUAGUUGCUCCUGUUGUUAAUCAAGAGCCAGAUCCAGUUGUUGAGACUGACAGUUGUCAGCUGGAGCCUUUGCCCACUUGCCAGGAUUUAAAAAGCACUUUCAAGGUUAAAGAAAACAAAAUGAAGGACUUGGAUCUUCAGAAAACAGACUGCGUAACAGUUCCACUCAGGGGAAGCAACAGAACAUCCUGUCCUCCACCAAAUAGUAAUAAUGGGUUUAUUCCUCCAACACCCCCCAAAGAGCUUUUUCCAAAGAGUUCUCUUUCUUUCUCUGUGAAAUCUGCAAGGAAGAGACAAGUUGCCUGCAUGAAUGGAGGGCAGCUGAGUCAGCCACAGCAGAACAGCGAGGGCAGUGCAGAGCAGGAGGUAAAACCACUCCAGGUCAGUCUUGGGAGUGUAGAGCCAACUGAAACUGAUGAGAUAAAAGAUGAUUCCACUACAGACCAAGGCUUUUCACUGCAGAUAUCUCAGGAUAUUUUUCCCUCAAGUGCUGAAAGUUUCACUAUUAUUGACGUAGCAAGCGACAAAGCACUUUUCCAGACUUUUGUCACAGAGUGGAAGGAGAAAAGCAGGUUCUCCAUCUCGGUGGCAUGUGAAAGAACAAAACGUCUUCUGUCUCCGAAAUCAACGAUUGGUGGCAAAUUCAAAAAAGUAAGUUCUCCUCAGUGGAUGCAAGUUAAAGAUGAUGGAUUUCCUGUACAAGGCAGUGAAGACUUGUUGGUAGUUGGACUGGCAGUAUGCUGGGGUGGAAGAGAUGCCUACUACAUCUCUUUGCAGCAGAUUCAAGACCAGACUGAAAUCAGUAUGAGUUUGGCACCUCCACCUUUGGACAAAAACCUACCUGUAACAGAGAGACUGUAUCAUCUGCACCUGCACCUGCAGAAGAAGCCCAAGCAGGAGCGCUCACUUGUCAUGUAUAACUUCAUUCAGCACUACAAGACUCUGGUGAUGGCUUGUGGCAUCUCCUUGGAAGGAAGUUUUGAGGACCCAAAGGUGGCAUGUUGGCUGCUUGAUUCUGGCUCUAAGGAACGUACACUUCACAACAUGGUGACUAACUUUCUCCCCAGCGAGCUGCCUCUGCUGGAAGGGGUAGGCACUGGCCAAGGGGUGCAGAGCCUGGGGCUUAGUGCCAGUGAAGAUCACUCUGGGCGGUACAGGGCAGCAAUAGAGUCUGUGCUUGUCUUCAACAUCAUGAACCAACUCCAUAAGGAACUGCAGAAGGAAAAUCUGACAGAUGUAUUUUCUAAAGUGGAGAUGCCCACCCAUUAUUGCUUGGCUCUGCUGGAGCUGAAUGGCAUCGGUUUUAGCACCACAGUAUAUGAAACCCAGAAACAGGUCAUGCAAGCUAAACUGAGUGAGAUUGAGACCAAGGCAUACCAGCUGGCAGGCCACAGCUUCUCCUUGACCAGCCCUGAUGACAUUGCAGAGGUUUUGUUCCUAGAGCUGAAGUUGCCCCAAAAUGGAGAUGUGAAAGUUCAAGGGAGCAAGAAAACUCUGGGUUAUACCAGAAGAGCAACUGCUAAAGGAAACAGGGUUAGGUUGAGCAAACAGUUCAGUACAACUAAGGAUGUUUUGGAGAAAUUGAAGACACUUCACCCAUUGCCAGGGCUGAUACUGGAAUGGAGGAGGAUCAACAACGCCAUUACUAAAGUGGUGUUUCCACUACAGAGGGAAAAGAGAUUGAAUUCUGCUCUGGGAAUGGAAAGGAUAUAUCCAGUGUCACAGACUCACACAGCUACAGGUCGAAUAACCUUUACAGACCCAAAUAUCCAGAAUGUGCCAAGAGAUUUUGAGAUUGAAAUGCCAACUGUGGUUGAAGAAAGCCCACCCUCCCGAGCCCAUGGAAACGUAAAGCCUCGUGCCGUUCCUGGGGGCAGAUGUAGAAAGCGUUCCAGUAUUUUGCUUAAUGGCCUGAAGGUUCAGGCUGAAGACAGAUCUGAAGAAAGAGGAAUACCAUUUUCUGUUAGCAUGAGGCAUGCUUUUGUUCCCUUCCCAGGUGGCUUGAUCUUGGCUGCUGAUUACUCUCAGCUUGAACUGAGGAUCCUUGCUCAUUUGUCUUGUGACUGUCGACUUAUUCAAGCUUUGAACAGGGGUACUGACGUCUUUAAGAGCAUUGCAGCAGAAUGGAAGAGGAUUGAUCCUGAAGCUGUUGGAGAUAGGACCAGGCAACAAGCUAAACAGAUUUGCUAUGGAAUCAUCUAUGGAAUAGGAGCAAAAUCUCUAGGCGAGCAGAUGGAGAUUGAUGAAAAUGAAGCUGCCAGUUACAUUGAAUCCUUCAAAUCAAGAUACACAGGGAUGCAGAAAUUCUUGAGGGACACAGUGAGGAGCUGCAGAAAAGAUGGAUUUGUGCAGACCAUUCUGGGAAGACGGAGAUACCUGCCAGCUAUCAAUGACCCAAACCCCUACAGUAGAGCUCAUGCAGAGCGACAGGCUGUGAAUACAACUGUUCAGGGAUCUGCUGCAGAUAUUGUCAAAACAGCCACAGUGAACAUUCAGAGGCGCCUGGAAGCUUUCUCCUCUGUGACCAAGUCCCACGGACAUCUGGAGAGCUCUUUCAAGAGAGAUAAGACUGGAAAACUAGUGAGGAAGAGGAGCAGAGGGAUGCUGCAUCCCAUCAGCGGAGGUUUCUUUAUCCUUCAGCUGCACGAUGAGCUCCUCUAUGAGGUUGCAGAGGAUGAUGUCAUCCAGGUUGCUCAGAUUGUGAAGCACGAGAUGGAAAACGCCGUCAAACUCUCGGUGACACUGAGUGUUAAGGUGAAAAUCGGACCUAGCUGGGGAGACCUUCAGGACCUGGAGCUCUGA